GUAAUCUAUGGUUGCUGCUCUCUGCUUUAUAUGUUCCUUACUUUUUCUUGUUUGCAAUACUUCUCUUCUUCUAGUCGAAUAAAGCAGCUGUCGAGGAUUCAUACUUGUGCCAGCGAGGAUUUGCCUAAAACUGUCCCGCUGGAAUCGGACGACUUACUUAAAGAUUGUGCUGUUUGUCUCGAGAGCAGAGUGCAGCAAAUUAUAGACGAGUACUCUGAUGUUGGUUUUCUAACCAUUGAAGAUUUGGAUGCAUAUGUGGAACGUUUGAAGGACGAACUUAAGGAGGUUGAGGCUGAAAAUGCUAAUAUUUCUGGUGCAAUAGAGAUUUUGGAACUUGAUAGUCAGAUUGAGAAGAAUCAAAUGAUAUUAAAGUCUUUGCAGGACCUUGAUGUUAUAUUCAAAAGGUUUGAUACCAUAGAGCAGAUUGAAGAUGCAUUCACAGGUCUAAAAGUCUUUGAGUUUGACAGAAACUGCGUCAGGCUGUCACUGAAGACUUAUAUUCCAAAAUCUGAACAUUCACAUUGCCAGCAGCACUUUGAAAAUAUUCCUGAGCCAUCUGAAAUGGAUCAUGAAGUGCUUGUAGAAAUCAUGGAUGGGACUAUGGAGCUAAAGAAUGUUGAGAUGUUUCCAAAUGACGUAUACAUAGGUGAUAUAGUAGACGCUGCAAAGUCCUAUAGGCAUCUAUUCUCGAAGUCUAUGGUUAUGGAGAGAAGGUCUUCUUUGCAGUGGUUCGUAGGGAAAGUGCAAGACAGAAUUAUUUUAAGCACUCUGAGACGAACUAUAGUGAAGAGUGCCAGUAAAUUAAGACUCUCUUCUGAGUACAUAGAUAGAGAUGAAAUAAUUGUAGCUCAUUGGACUGGGGGAGUUGAUACAUUCAUAAAUGUGUCUCAAGGUUGGCCACUUUCAGAUUCUCCUUUUGAAGUUGAUAUCUGUCAAGAGCUCAGAUCCUCAUUCAAGGGGAAUUUCCUUGAGCUUACUUUGCAAGAGCAGAUGCGCCUGGAACUUCAGUCUGGUGAUGUCCCUGAAAAGGACUGCACUGCAGUCUCUACCAUGCGCAUAAAGGCUUGUGAGGUGCUGGAGUUGGCUAGCUCUGCCGAGGCCUUUCUAAGGGACAAGUUCGCCGUGGAAGAGUGUUGAGGAUGAAAGAUAAUGAUAGUAGGGUUCAGUUUUGGUAUAGUUGUAACCAUCACAGGGAAGAGUACAUAUGUAGCAUCAUGAUCACAUCAAAUUCUCCCUUAUGUCCAUAUCAUUCCAGUCAUUUUAAUGAAUCAAGAACAAAAUG